AAAAAAAAAAAGGGGUUAAUCCUAGAGGGACCUGGCACCCAGAUCACUUCAUUAAGCUGAAGCCGUGUGAAGAGAUGGGCACGUAACAUCGUACAACAUCAGUGUAAAGGUUCGGAAUGCUAAGUAUUUUUCUUUCUCUUCAGUAAAUUUGGGGUUUCACGAGUGGCACAUAUCUACUAAGCUGCGCAAGAAGUGCUUCUAGUUUAUGUUUUUGCUGCUGAUUGAACAAUGUUUAGUGAUAAAUAUUUCUGUUUUUGGGGUGCCCACAUUACACUGUGAAUUAUUAAUGGAUUAUGAUCACUGAAAGAAGACAUUCUGCAUUAAAGCAUGAUGGUGGUGCUAGUUCUCACACAGCUAGAGAUGUAUUUUGUUUUUUUUGUGCAAAAUAUCACUCAUUUAUCAUGUAGGCAGGAACCGAGUGCUGAGUACACUGUGAGUCAACACUGAGAUCUAGCACUGACAGUGAGCGGAACCAAUCUCGGCGCUCUCUGUCCCGGGGGGAAAGAAAGAGAGAGCACACCGUCCCGGAAGUAAACAGGAAGUUGUUUUCAGAUGUGGAUUUAAUUCGGUUCCCCUGGAAAUGGCAGCUCGCACGGUGCUGGCGGCCCUGCUUUACUCCGGGGCAGCUUUACUGCUACUGGUAUCGGCGGAUGAUCCGGUGGAGAAGGUGAGACCCCCUCCAUCCCAGUAAUGGCAGCAACGGGGGAUCAUCGAUAUUACCAUCAUAAUAUCAUCCUGCCAUCUCUCUAUGGGGAGGGAGGGGGGGGGGGGUAUAAUAUAAUUAUUACCAUCAUAUCAUCCUGCCAUCUCUCUAUGGGGAGGGGGUAUAAUAUAAUAUCAUUAUUACCAUCAUAAUAUCAUCCUGCCAUCUCUGUAUGGGGAGGGGGUAUAAUAUAAUAUCAUUAUUACCAUCAUAAUAUCAUCCUGCUAUCUCUCUAUGGGGAGGGGGUAUAAUAUAAUAUCAUUAUUACCAUCAUAAUAUCUUCCUGCCAUCUCUCUAUGGGGAGGGGUAUAAUAUAAUAUCAUUAUUACCAUCAUAAUAUCAUCCUGCCAUCUCUCUAUGGGGAGGGGGUAUAAUAUAAUAUCAUUAUUACCAUCAUAAUAUCAUCCUGCCAUCCCUCUAUGGGGAGGGGGUAUAAUAUCAUUAUUACCAUCAUAAUAUCAUCCUGUCAUCUCUCUAUGGGGACGGGGGUAUAAUAUAAUAUCAAUAUUACCAUCGUAAUAUCACCCUGCCUACUCUCUAUGGGGAGGGGGUAUAAUAUAAUAUCAAUAUUACCAUCAUAAUAUCAUCCUGCCAUCUCUCUGUGGGAGGGGGGUUAUAAUAUUAUAUCAUCAUUAUAACCAUCAUAAUAUCAUCCUGCCAUCUCUCUAUGGGGGGGGGUAUAAUAUCAUUAUUACCAUCAUAAUAUCAUCAUGCCAUCUCUCUGUGGGGAGGGGGGGUUAUUAUCGUGUUUUUUUUUCAUACUUUUGCUGUUAAAUAAGCUCUGAGUUAUAAUUACUGAAGCUAGAAUCUUGCUUUUCCUAUUCAAUUCUGUAUGACGUUAUAUCAUAACAUACAACUUGUUUUAUACGUGCUGAUAGACAGCACAUGAAAAGUGCUUCCUGGAAUUUGUAGCACUCCCAUAUAGGGGUAAAACUAAUCACAGAAGCUCCUUUGAGAAUUCUCCAUAAUGAAUCAAUUUAUCAUAUUAGGAGUAUACAUGUUCUGCAUACUGUAGGGCAGGACUUGUACAGAUGACAAGGGUCCAGGGAAACAUGACGCAUGUAGGUGGUUGAACUGCAGCUUGUAGUGAGUGAGAUAUAAAACACUCUUGGCACUGUGCUUGACAGGUGGAUUGUGUUACUAAUGUGAGUUAUAAACAGCAAGUUUCUAAUGUAAUUGUCAUUUUAGGAUAUAAGUGGGGAGAGGUGCCCCUAAAACAGUUAAUUUGCACUGAGAGCGUCAGUGAUGCCCCGCAUGCUCAGUUGUAGCUCAGUGGCACUAACUGGGAGCUCCUUUGCGGCGGAGGGACCCAGGUAAAUUGUCAAAUUAUUCAUGAACAGAUUGACAGCUUACUCUGGGGGGGCGUGGCUUGGACGUCGACCAGAAUGGUAGCAUAAGUUGUGAGCUCCGCUCCACCGGUCCUUAUUGAGCCCUAUUAAUCAGCCUACUUUUGCCUCUAUGGGUCGGAACCGCCGGGGUGACCCUCCCGGGACCCCCAGGGGAUCCCAGAACAGUCAGUUGCUUGGUCCGAUGGACGGAUUUCUACAAACGCCGGCGGACGCACGAGAAGAGGCCGGAGGCUCCAAGAUGACGGCCGCCUCCCAACCGCAUGGGGACCCCCCUACCUCUACCCUGGAGGGCAUCGGUGAGGAGCUCCGCACGAUUGCGGCUUCUAUGGCCACGAAAGCUGACCUUUUGGUCCUCACCACCACGAUCCAGGACGCAUUGCGGGCCGAAAUGGCGGGACUCCGAACGGAGGUAUCCGCACAGGGGAGUCGUAUCCAGGACUUAGAGCACUCCCGCGAGGCUCACUACUGACACGGCCCUGUCACGGCAAGGUGACCUGCUACUACAAUUGCGAAGAUCGGUGGAAGAUCUCGACAACCGUAGCCGCAGAUGUAACAUCCGCAUACGCGGCAUGCCGGAGGCGGAGGGCGAUGAGAACUUAGACGAAAUUCUAACAGCACUCUUCCGCAUGGUCCUACCCAGAGAUGCCCCGCUGGAACUCCGCUAUGAUAGGGCGCACAGAGCCCUGCGACCUCGCUCCCUCAAGGACGGCCCACGUGAUAUUAUUUGCUGCAUCCACUCGUUUGCCACGAAGGAUGCCAUAAUGAAGGCGGCCAGAGCACAACCUACAUGGGACUUUCGCGGCACGCCUGUCUCAUUGUUUAACGAUUUGUCUCCAACUACCUUAGAAGCCAGGCGCGCGCUGCGCCCUAUCACAUCUCUGCUCAGGACUCGCAAUAUUCCCUACAAGUGGGGCUUUCCAUUUGCCCUGUCGGCAAGACACCGAAAUGGCUGGGUGUCACUCCGCGGGCCGGAGGAAGCCCCCGGUUUCUUGGAAGCGCUAGACCUCCCACCUAUCCAGAUACCGGAUUGGGUCCUGGGCCCCCUGGGGGCAGGCCAGAGGCCGCAACGAGAACCCCGCCGCCGCAGAGGCCGAUCACCACCGGAGCCUGCUCACCGUGACCGCGAGGCAUGAGGAGGCCAGGUCUGAGGACCACCUCCCCGCCGCUCCACUGCUCAGGUACCACCAUUCUGCCCUACAGCACCCUGGGACUGGCCGCUGGUGCGGUGCCUCUCUCCCCCACUUCUCCCCCUGUGACACGUAAGGGCACGCCACGACCCACACAAGAUUAAUAUCGGGAGGAGGUCCCGCUUACUUGCACCUUGGGUGGGCCGUGGGGUGAUUUGGAAUGUCCCCUCUCUGUUACCUGAGCUCCUCAAGCGGGCACUGCAUCCGGACUGCACGCAGAACGGGACCUUUUUUUUAUUUUUUAUUUUUUUCCUCUCUCCCCUGCCCUCAUAAUAUGUACCUGGGCUCCUGACUACUGACUUCGCACCCCAGGCAACCGCUAUGGGAUCCCCAUCUGAGAUCUUGGGGUGGGGGGAACCGGGGAUGACAAUGGGCACACUGCUCCUUGCUGCACAGGGGAGCUCGGACAUCUUGCUUUAGCAAUGCACGCAUCGGGGUGAGGAUUGGAGACUCCUUCAAUGGACACCACUAACUCUAGCUGAACGCAGUAUUGCAAUGAUUGGCCCAGAGGGUCCCCUUGCUCUGAUAAGUACCGUAUUCUAUGAUAUGUGUGGGUUCUACCUAGUAUGUGAAAGCUCAUAGCACAAUGUGACGAGGGGAGAGGACGAAGGGGGGAACGAGGACAUUCAGUAUUGCGUUUGGGGGGGUGGGGAGAGGAGUGAUGGACAGGGGAGAGGAGGGACGGAGGAAGGGGGGAGACGGGGAGGAAAGGGGGACGGUAAUGAAGAGGAGAAAGGCAAGGGGGAAGAAGAGGGAGAGAGGGAAGAGGAGGAAGAGGGGGAAAGGAGAGGGGAAGUGAGGAAGAGGGGGAGAGGAGGAAAGAGAGGUGAAAGGGAGAAGAGAGAGCAUAACCCCAAAACUUAUAAACAAAGAUGAAAAUAAAAAAGGGGAGGGAAAAGAGAAGAAAAAACUUCAAUGAGUCAGCAGGGGUUGGGAGGAGGGAUAUCGACCUGUUCACGGAAGACUCUUAGCCCAGGCCCAUGGGGCCUAUCCUAAGUGCCUAUGCCCUACCUGACUACGACAUCCACACAGGGGUGCGCUGGGGAAGGGGGGAUGGCGGUAAUACACUCAUUUGGUCUGGCUAAUCAGAUCGUCCCCGGCACCGCACACCCACGGGUUUCUGGGAGCUGAUUGAGGGGACGGGGGGGGACGCGGUUGGUGCCUGCGCGCUGUCCCGGGAUGUUGGAAUGGGGUAGAUGCAGAGCAGGAAGACACACGGGGAGGCUGGCGGGAACUGUAUUAUCACUGGAUGGUACGCUUGUUAUAAUUGUUAUAUUUGUUCAUGCAUUAACCCCUCUGUUGAAGUUAAGUUGCCUCCUUAUUGGCUCGACCUAAUCACUCAGAUCUUUGUGCACCUGGGCAUGGACUCGGAUGGAGCCGGUCAGACCGGACUAUAUCUUACUCACUCACAAUAUACCUACCCUGGUAUAGACACCAACCACUGCCUUACAUACUAGCUUGCGCGUAACUCCCGGUGGAGCCACAGGCGCACCCACACGCCGAUCAGGUUAUCGCGUGUGACGCCUGGCCACUCCUACUGGGGCGCAAGUAUCUCUCCUUUUGAAGGAGGCUCCGGGGCGCUCCCACCCUUUGACCCCGCAGGGUACAUACCCGAAGGGGGGCCCGACUUGCCCACCCUUAUUUUAACUGUUCUUUUUUUUCUUUUUUGACUUUGGACUUUUUCAAUCACCUUAUUCGCUUGCUAUACAGACGUACACACACACACUCACUGGUACUCACUCUACCCUUUCCCCACCACCACAUUUCACACACAGGCCUGGUUCGGACACCAGCAGGCAACUACCCGAACCGCCCAUACGGAGACAAUAGCUGACGAGACGCUCGGGUCCCUACCCAUACGGAGCCGCGUACGAGACACGCGAACAGACACUAGCCGCAUUAAGACAUACAUCAUCGCUGGGCUGCACCGCCGUUCCGGGGCUGGGCGCCGUGCGGUCACAUCUCUGGUGGAUUUGCGCUGUCUCGGGUGGGCGAGACCAUGGCGUACCGCCGCGCCCACAUGUCCGUCAUGACACUCAACUGCAGGGGAUUAAAUAUUCCGGAACGACGUACACACCUCCUGAGGGUGUUGCGUCAGAAACGCACGUCCAUAGCGUUGCUGCAGGAAACUCACUUCAAGGAAGGCGCGGCCCCCAAGCUUCGCAACGCCUAUUACCCCCUAAGCUUCUACAACAAUCACCCGCUGGCUCGCCAAGCGGUAUGGCUAUCUUGAUAGCGGCAGACCUAGGCUUCCGGGAACUGGACAGAAUGGCCGAUGACCAAGGACGCUUCCUCUUCCUUAAGGGAGUAAUAGCCGACAGAGUGUACACUCUUGCAUCCAUAUAUGUGCCUAACUCCAGGCAAGCUCCAUUCCUCAGGGGCACGCUACGUAAACUGCAGGGUUUCUCGGAGGGAGCAUUGAUCGUGGGGGGUGACCUUAAUGUCCCUCUGGAACCGCUUAUAGACUCAUCCACUGGACACUGCUGCCUCCCACAGUCCCAUAUCAGAUCCAUACGCAAAUCCUUGGGGGAGCUUACACUGGUUGACUGUUGGAGGACAAUGCAUCCUGCCGAUAAAGACUACACCCACUACUCUGCCAUACAUGACCGCUACUCCCGGAUCGAUUACAUCCUGAUUAAACAAGAAGGAUUAUCUCGACUACGAAAAGCAUCUAUGGAACCGGCCACGUGGUCAGAUCACGGAUCGGUCCAGAUAGAGCUGGAAUCCCCGCUCUUCAAACCGGCGAUUCGGACGUGGCGCCUGAACGAAUCACUGCUCCAGGAUCCCACGGUAAGAAACGAGAUCUCCCAAGCGCUGGAACGCUACUUUGAAGAGAAUGGGUCGGGGGAUAUGUCUCCGGUGACUGUGUGGGAGGCCCACAAAAGUGUCAUACGCGGCUCUCUUAUCGGCAUUGCAACCCGCAAGAGGAAGGAGGCCACACGCAAUAUGACCGAACUUUAUGGCACCAUAUCGCGCCUGGAACUCCAGCACAAACGCUCCCAGAUGGUCACGAUCUAUAGAGAUCUCAUGGAAGCCAGGCGAAACUUGAAAGCCCUCCUCACACAAAGGUACCUCCGCUCGAUGCAAACAUCGAAAUCCUUUUUCUACACCCACGCGAACAAAGGAGGAAAGUUUCUUGCUCGCCUCCUGAGAGGAGAAAUGGCUCGCACUCAGGUGAGGAAACUCCGUCUGACAUCCGGCAAGGUCUCUCAGCACCCGGAGGAUAUAGCCGGGGAAUUCCGGGCAUAUUAUAAUUCUCUAUAUAACCUACAUUCCCAGGAUAGCCCAAUUCACAGAAGGGACUCAUCGCAACAUACUCAGACAUACCUACAGGAACACGUAAGGAAAAGGAUAUCCCCUGAGGCAGCAUCCACGUUAGAUGACCCAAUUACCGCGGAGGAACUUGCGGCAGCCCUAAAAGCCACAAAAACAGGUAAGGCUCCGGGCCCGGAUGGGUUCUCCACGGGCUACUACAAAAAGUUUACUGAUAUCUUACUACCAUGGCUGACACAAGCUGUAAAUAAAGUGGCAGAGGGGGGAACCUUUGGCGCGGAAUCCUUGUCAGCAACAAUAACGGUCUUACUCAAACCCGGGAAGGACCCAGAACAGUGCGGCAGCUACCGCCCGAUCUCCUUACUAAAUGUGGACACAAAGCUCUUCACAAAAGCUCUGGCUUCCAGACUUCAACGGGUCCUACCGAGCCUUGUCCACGUGGAUCAGACAGGUUUCAUCCUGGGCCGGGAAGCGCGGGACAGCACGCUGCGCCUGUUUUCUAUACAACAUCACGCCCGGAAAUAUCAAAAGCGCCUUCUGCUGUUGUCUACGGACGCGGAGAAGGCUUUCGAUAGGGUCAAUUGGGCAUACAUGACCCAGGCCCUCCGGCAUAUGGGUUUGGGACAGGGGAUCUUGACGUGGAUCUCUGCCCUAUAUAGCUCACCGAGAGCGGCAGUGCGUGUGAAUGGAGCCCUGACUACGAGCUUUGGAAUCACAAACGGGACUAGACAGGGCUGCCCCCUCUCGCCACUCCUCUUCGCCCUCUCUCUGGAGCCCUUCCUACAGGCGAUCCGGGAUCACCCGGAUAUCCAAGGCUAUUCAUGGCGAGACACGGAGCAUAAGGUGGCCGCAUACGCGGACGAUCUAUUGUUCUUUGUCUCCCAACCACGGCUCACACUGCCCUGCCUGCUGUCAGAAUUCGACAAAUUUGGCCAGAUAUCGGGAUUCAAGCUCAACCUGGCGAAAUGUGAGACUCUGAAUAUUAACAUACCCACAACGGAAUACGAGGCUCUAAGUUCACUCUUCCCAUUUCGUUGGUGCACGGGAGCAAUGAAAUACCUCGGUAUUUGGAUCCCCACGGACCCGGGGGAAACCUAUCGGCGUAACUUCACGCCUCUUCUGCAGAAAAUUGAACUGGACCUUAAAAGUUGGGCUUAUCCGCACAUCACAUGGCAUGGCAGAGUGGCAGUCCUUAAAAUGAACGUUCUCCCGAGGGUCCUCUACCUAUUUCAGACGAUCCCGAUCGCACUACCGGCUACGUUCUUCUCGAUCCUAAAAACGGCGGUUAUUAAAUACGUAUGGCGAGGGGAGAAGUCCAGGUUGCGCCACGACCUCUAAUGCCAGCCCAGACACAGGGGGGGGCCUUGCGCUCCCGGAUUUUAAAAAAUACCACCAAGCUGCAACGCUACAGCGCAUCCUGGAAUGGCACGAAACAGACACGAUCAAGCAAUGGGUAACGCUGGAUCAAGAGGGGAACGCUGCAAAACUAAAAGCCGCGACAUGGAGGAGAAGGGCGACUAGGAGUGGUAGAGGGCACAGCGAGGAUCCGGUAUCGCAGACCCUACUCACAUGGGAGACUCUCAGGGAGGAGCCGCGGAUAUCCCCGACCCCCUGCCCCCUACUGCCGAUAACACACAACCCCGAUAUAGGGGGCGGCCUGCCGGCGGAAGCCUGGUCAUUCCUAGGGGAUGCGGAAUACAUCCCGAUUCACAAGGUCACUCGGGACGGGACCCUAGACACCCUGGACACGUUACUAGGAGAUCGACCGCGGUCCCCGAUGACGGUUCUUCGCUAUAUGCAACUAAAACACUUCCACGACUCGCUCCCCCACAAGGAGAGGUUACAGAGAGAUCUCACAUGGUUCGAGGAUCUCUGUACUCAUGGCAGACCACUUGGAAAGGCUAUCUCGAACCUAUACCAAUACCUGCUGACUGAUUCCACCUCGGAGAAUAAUAUGUUUCAGCGAUGCUGGGAGGAGGCAAUGACCAAAACAUUCUCACCAACGCAAUGGGACAAAGCCUUGAUAUGGCAGCACAAAAGCUCCUCUAGUUCACACUACCAGGAGGUGAACUAUAAACUGCUCUCUAUGUGGUAUAGGACCCCGGUACUACUUCAUAGAAUUUUCCCCACUACCCCACCAACCUGUUGGAGAUGCAUGGAUGAUAGGGGCAUGCUUUUACACAUCUGGUGGGAAUGCAGACUCAUCACCCCAUAUUGGGACCAGAUCGAAUCUGACGUCCGACUGAUCCUCGGCAAUGACGUUGAGUGGUCGGUCGAACUAGCCUUACUACAUAUCUCCUCGCAACCACUGCCAGCCUACAAAAAAUCUAUUAUGCGACAUCUGUUGAAUGCAGCCAAAUCGCUCAUACCGUUGUAUUGGAAGAAGACAGAUGUACCCACCCGGGAGGAAUGGAUACACAAAGUAGAAGAUAUCAGGGCGGCUGAGGUGGUCCAGGCAGGACUGAUGGAUAGGAUGACGAAGUACACUGAUAUGUGGGCGCCGUGGUUUGCCUUCCGCGCGGGAUAAUGGGAGGGGUGUCGGUUCGGGGUCUGGGCGCCUGGGGGGGCGGUGUGACCCCUGCGAUAUAACCAUACUACAUACUGGGAUUCCGGACCCCUCUAAGGCACUGACGGGCACAAUCAUCACGCUCCCACACCAUUCACAUAACCCUGAUCAGGAAGGGAACCACAUCCCUAGAUACUUAGAGACGGCAGGCAGAUACAACACUACACAAGGGGAGCUCAACCACUGUCCCCAAAACAAGCUGACCCUCUCCGACUUAAGGACGCUACAACCAGGUGACCUCAGUGAUGGAGGCAGACGCUACACAGUCACAAAAAACAAGGGACAUGACCCCCAAUAUAACAGGGCUCGCUCGGGCCCGCUCGGGCCCACACUAUGCUCUCUUUGCCCUUGACUCCAGGACCCGAACCAGGCCUACGCACCAUUAGCAUGCAAGCUCUGACCCCUGGGGCCGAGCCGCGACACAACACAUCAUGACAUCCUCUCACACUCAUCAAAGACGGCAGACGCUUCUGUAAAUCUGUAGAAAAGCAAAUUUGGGGGAACCAUGCAUUUAGAGUUUCCCAUGAGGACUUCGCCGUAGAAAGCCUGGAUGGGCUACAUACGGACAUCUAACAGGGCGUGACAUCACCGCCCUUCUCCUGAAGACCACGGUCCCUACUGACACAUAACACUGACCGCAACCUGACCCCGACAAAGUAACUAAUUAUUCCUGCUUACGGUCUUUACAGGGAUGUAUACUAUUCAUACGAUGUGAUCAUACACCCGGGUUCCAUAACGAGCCCACGAAACCAAGACAUGUCAUCCCCAUACUUUGGUGCUUUGUACUACAUACACACAUCACUUUCAUGUGUAACUCUCUUCCAUUGGAUACUACUGUGACAUCACGCACCCGGAUGCGUUUAUACAGUAAACAAGAAAAUAACAGACCCCCCCCCCCCCAUAGGUGGGUACACUAACCUGUGAACACCACAUACAACACACUGUUCACACAAUCCUAGCCUUAGACAACAAGGCACUGCCAUCACACAACUCUCACGUGCCGUAACACCGCCACUCCAUCCAGAGAACGAAAACGCACCUGAAAUUUACGAAUGGUUAUAAGUGACAAGUUGUAACCAUAAACUGUUAUUGAACACUGUUUUCCUUAUUGAAUGCUAUACCUGUAGGAAUCUCUACGAUCUUUAGACUGUACUCAAACCCUAUUAUUGCGGGCCUGCGUGCCCAACAGUACUGUUUUCACUGAUACUCAAUAAAACUUGAUUAACAGACAGCUUACUCUGGAAUGCUACUGAACAUUUACUGCUAGAUUUCUAUUUAUUUAAGUAAAUAAUCCAAAAUAUUAUGUAAUUUUUCCCUUUAAACAAGAAAGGGGAGAUCUCUAAAAAAACAAUGCAUUUAGCAUCUACGAGAUGUAAUGAAUUGAUCCCAAAAUGACUUGGAAUGCAAUGAAAAUGGGGGUUGUUGGUUUGAUUUGACCAUGAGCCGCUGAAUGUCCUCAACAAACAUAUUUGUAUAGCUGAUGUUUCUGUUUUAUUUUGCUGUUUCUUUUUGUUCUUAAGCUGUUAAAUGAAAUAAAUACAUUUACUUUUACAGAAUAAUGAGGAUGUGCGAUGUAAAUGCAUUUGCCCACCAUAUAAGGAUAAACCCGGGCAUAUAUAUAACAAAAAUAUAACCCAAAAAGACUGGUGAGUUACUCCUUUUAUUUAUUUUUUCUGCGUUUCUGCUCUGUGUUCUAUUCCUGCGCUCUGCUUUCCUGCAUUGAGCUUUCUAGUCCUGCACUUUGCGUUCCUGCGCUGAGCUUUCUAUGCCUGCAUUCCUGCGCUGAGCUUUUUUUGCCUGCGCUCUGCGUUCCUGCACUGAGCUUUUUUUUGCCUGCGUUCCUGCGCUGAGCUUUCUCUGCGUUCCUGCGCUGAGCUUUCUCUGCGUUCCUGCGCUGAGCUUUCUCUGCGUUCCUGCGCUGAGCGUUCCUGCGCUGAGCUUUGUAGUCCUGUGCUCUGCGUUCCUGCGCUGAGCUUUGUAGUCCUGUGCUCUGCGUUCCUGCGCUGAGCUUUGUAGUCCUGCGCUCUGCGUUCCUGCACUGAGCUUUGUAGUCCUGCGCUCUGCGUUCCUGCACUGAGCUAUCUAUGCCUGCGCUCUGCGUUCCUACGCUGAGCUAUCUAUGCCUGCGCUUUGCGUUCCUACGCUGAGCUUUCUAUGCCUGCGCUCUGCGUUCCUGCGCUGAGCUUUCUAUGCCUGCGGUCCAGCGCUGAGCUUUCUAUGCCUGCGUUCCUGCGCUGAACUUUCUAUGCCUGAGCUUUCUAUGCAUGCGCUCUGCGUUCCUGCGCUGAGCUUUCUAUGCCUGCGCUGUGCUUUCUAUUCCUGAUCUCUGCUUCAUUUUGAACAUUUCUUUUACAGUAACUGUUACAAUGUUGUAACGUCCCAUCCUGUACCAGAACCAGACUUUGAGGCGUAUUGCCUGCGCUGUGAGUGUAAAUAUGAAGAGCGAAGCUCUGUUACUAUCAAGGUAAUUUUAUAUUUCUUGUGCCUCGUUUUAUCGGUAAAAAAUGGCCUUGGUAUUAAAACAGUGCUAAUAAAUAUAAUAUUCUAAAAACUAGUUCUAAAAAAUAGAAAGGAUUUUAAAAAGUAUAAGUGUAUGUAUGUAUGUAUGUAAUAUGUAUAUAUGUGUGUGUGUGUGUAUAUAUAUGUAUGUAUGUGUGUAUAUAUAUAUAUAUAUAUAUAUAUAUAUCUCUCUAUAAGAAUUUUCUAUUGGUUUUGACAAAUUAGUGUUUACAUUCUCAGGUUACCAUUAUCAUCUACCUGUCUAUCCUGGGUCUCCUGCUGUUGUACAUGGUUUACCUGACACUCGUCGAGCCCAUGCUGAAGAGGCGUCUGUUUGGCCAUUCGCAGCUUAUCCAGAAUGAUGACGAUGUUGGGGUGAGUUACUUGCUGUUCCUGCCCCUCUGGCAAGGAAGAGUUUGCUGCCAUCACAAUUUUUUUUUUUUAUAUAUAUAUAUUUAUAAUAUAUAUAUAUUUAAAUCUGCUGAUACAUUAUUCCUAAUCACGCCAUCAUGACUCUCUCUGACAUCCUCCCUGACCCUCCUCUUCCCCCCUCCCCACCAAUUCAGUCCUUUUUGCAGUUAUUUUCCUUUAAAUUUUUCGUCACACUCUUGUAACCUGGCACAGGUUUUUUGGGGGGGGUUUUUUGCACCGUCAUGUUCUGAUUAUCUCAAACUCUGCCAAAGGCUGUGAACCCAUCACUGCUGCUGUUUACUGUAAGCUCCUUCAUUGGUGAUAAGUGGGGGGGGGGUAAGGCGCUGCUGUGUAUGUGCAGCUGGCAAAAGAUCCUUUGAAUUGAACUGAAUUCCUGUUUAUAAAACCAUUGCAUAGAAACUUAAUCUCCCCCACACCUAUUUAAUUCUACCUUUCACUUGGCAGAACAUACAUAUUUCUGUUUUAUCAACAGCAUUCUGCCAGUUCAGGAUUAAUUGCUGUUGUGGUUGUGGUAUUUCCAUUGUAUGUGGGGUACACAAUACUUAAAACGAAGAAAUAAUGAGAACCUCAAUGCAAUGAUUUAAAAAAAUAUAUAUAAUGGCUGAUUUUCUCCACCACCCUGCUUCUUCAGCAUUAUCUGUAUUAUUAGAGAAGUCAUAAACGUGAGAAUGAAAUAUCACAAAUUUCUUACUUAGAUGUUGCAGAUCUGUCCAGUUUUGUUUUAUGUAUAAAGCCCAUUUAGAUAGGAGGAGUUAGGUCUGUUGUGCACAGAAGCAGAACACACCCAGAAACACUUUGCUCCUCCCCUGUCAUGUUCCUUCCGCAUCAUUUCCACCUCUGAAGGUUUUAUUUUUUUGCCAGUGAGAUUGUUGAGAGUAGGUGCCUACCAUUCCUGCCCGCCCGGUGUGACUUGUGAUGGGCAGGAUGGCCAGAGGCUAUGGGUAUUUAGAAGCACACAUUUGGAGAAGUGGGUGAUAUAUGAUCAGACCCCUCCUCACCGCCAAGGUUCUCUGUUAGAAGUGGCCUGCAUGGCAUGGAAAUCUGAGCAGUUUAACACCUUAAGGACCAAACUUCUGGAAUAAAAGGGAAUCAUGACAUGUCACACAUGUCAUGUGUACUUACAGGACCACUCUAGGCACCCAGACCACUUCAGCUUCAUGAAGUGGUCUGGGUGCCAGGUCCCUCUAGGAUUAACCCUUUUUUUUUUUUAUAAACAUAGCAGUUUCAGAGAAACUGCUAUGUUUAUAAAUGGGUUAAUCCAGCCCUCAAAGCCUCUAGUGGCUGUCUCACUGACAGCCGCUAGAGGUGUUUGCGUGCUUCUCACUGUGAAAAUCACAGUGAGAAAAUGCAAGCAUCCAUAGGAAAUGCUUUCCCAUGAGACCGGCUGAAUGCGCGCGCAGCUCCUGCCGCGCAUUCGCAUUCAGCCCAGGAGGAGGAUCGGAGGCGGAGAGGAGGAGGUGAGCUCCCCGCCUGGUGCUGGAGAAAGGUAAGAUUUAACCCCUUUCCUCUCCCCAGAACCUGGCGGGUGGGGGCACCCUCAGGGCACUAUAGUGCCAGGAAAACAAGUAUGUUUUCCUGGCACUAUAGUGGUCCUUUAAGGGGUUAAGCUAUAAAUUUUGCAGCUCUCGUGGUUAAAUGUUAUUUCUAAAUACAGAUCAACCGCUAUGAGGGUACUUUGAUGCAGUGGUUUGCUUAGCACAGUAUGUUCAAGUGUUCUAAUCAAAUUACUAGAAUUUGGAUUGUGAGAUGAUUUUGUGGAGCCGUUUUUGUGUAAUUUAUAAUUGAACAAGCAUUUUAAAUAGUUUUUCAUUGCUUAAUUUGGAAUGUGAUUAAUUUUACAGUAGAUUCUGCUCAUUUCCCUAUCCAUAGUGGGAUUCUGUGCUGACAGAGAAGUGUGAUCUGCUCUCUGUUAAAGCAUUAAUAAUGUGUGUAUUUUCCUUGUUUAUCGAGUAGCCUUACCUGCCAGGUGUGUGAGGGGAAUGUUCCGUUAAUAGAAUGUUUACCCUGCACUUUCUACAAUAUUAACUCUUUACUUUCAGCAUAUAUUACAGGACACAAUCUUUACAAUGCGUUUUGUCUUAACCUUUCUUUUUUCCUGUGUGUUUAUACACACACAAUGGGGCUCAAAAUUUCCACAAGCCAUUAAUGAGGUAAAAUUUAGGCCGAUGAGUAGAAAUUUGCCGUGGUUAGUGCUCCAUGGACUCUCCAGUCUUGCAUUGGCAAGUAACUUGAAAAUUUAGGCCCUGCAAAAAAAAAAAAAAAUAUAUAUAUAUGUAUAUAUAUAAAAUAUAAAAAUAUUCUCCCAUACGUUUCCAAAUUAAUUCAUGCUAAAAAGUAGAGCCUUUUUCCUCUACUAAUGUUUUUUGAUAUUUCUAUUUUUUCCAGGACCAACAACCAUUUGCAAAUGCUCAUGAUGUGCUGGCACACUCCAGAAGUCGCGCCAAUGUCUUAAACAAAGUGGAAUACGCUCAGCAGCGCUGGAAGCUGCAAGUGCAGGAACAGCGCAAGUCUGUGUUCGACCGCCAUGUUGUGCUGAGCUAAUCAAAGAAAUGAUACAUUUCCUUUCAGAAGACAUGGACUUCAAGAGCUCCUCCAUUCCCGUUUUCUCAAUGCCUCUUGCAUGAAUCAAUCUAAAGUUUCAUAUGGGGCUGUAGAUUUGUGCGCAGGGCUCUGGUGGAGCGACAGAUGUGAAAUACAAACAGACUAAAAAUUCUCCUUUAAUGAUAUUUCUUAUGAUGAUAACGAGCCUUGCAUAUAUGUAUAAAUAUAUGAGAUACGUUGCUAAUAAAAUAGUUAAGUUAUUGUUCUCUGCUGGCUGUGAUUCUCUGUUUUUAACAUAAUGCAUUUUGAGUGUUAAGUCUUUCUUCGUUGUGAUGUCACUUCCUGUAAACUGUCUGUAUUUCCAUAAACUGCUAUUUGAAUAGCUGCUUGUUGUCUGCAUGGGACAGAGACUACAUUUUAACUUUGCUGACUGUGAUUACCCACAAUCCAUGGCAGAUAUUUCAGUUGAACCACACACAGUAUUUUUUUUAUUUUUUUUAAGGUUUGACAUCCCUGUUUCCAAGUAAAUAUCAGCAUGUUCAGUGAAUGUUAAAUUAUUCUGUAACAUAGAGAAAUAUACCCAAUUUAUACACACAGUUUAUAGAAAUAUAAAACUGGUUUUGAAACGUGUUCACUCCUAUGAUGGCGGCUUGAGCUAAAGAUACUUGUGUGUAUCACGUAAGGCAGGGUUGUCAAACAUGCGGCCCCCCAGAUGUUGCUGAACUACAACUCCCAUGAUUCCCUGGCUAUCUGUUUCAUUGAAAGAAUAAUGGGAGUUGUAGUUCAGCAACAUCUGGGGGGCCGCUUGUUUGACAACCCUGACGUAAGGUGUUCAGUGUCAGAGCUAUUUACAAAGUGAGAAUUCCAAAUUAUUAGAAAUUCCAAAUUAGGGGCACAAAAGCCAAACUGCGAAAAUUCGCUUUCAGUGCAGCUACUGUGGCUUUAAAUUUGAAAUCCACUUUUAAUUCUCACUUUAGUGAAAAAACCUUUAUGGUUUUGUCUUUUUUAGAUUUUUAUCAUUAAAAUACUUUAUUUAAUUUUAUUUCUGAGCAAAAUGCAGCUUCUGCCAAAAGUGGGCAAAAUAUCUGCUAUGCAUUUUUAGUGUUCUUUACUUAUAUCCGGUUUUCAGACAAUGAGCAGUACUAUAAACAUGAAAUGAAUAAAUAGCAAAUGGCCAAGACAGAUAAUUUAAGUACCCAUUCUGUACACAUAGAUAAAUAUAGAAUAUGAUUAAAGCCAUAUAAUGAUAAUGUACAGUAAAAGUCACUAGUAAAUAGGAAACCAUAAAACGGGCUGUUACUAAAAUGUAACAUGGAGGGCUCUCUUACUUACUGAAAUUUAGGAAUAUAGCAACGGGAGCCAGAUGUCUCCCCAUGGGGCAUACAAGGUUGACCUGGAGUGCAUCUAGACAGUAUUAUGCUUAAUGCAGAGUAAAUUUAAAUGGCCAGUGUGGGUUUAUUUUACCCUGGACAUCCAUGUGUGCCAGAAUCUAAUUCUCAAUAAUCCACAGUGCAAGUAUGAGAAAUAUGGGGGAUUGUGUAAAAUAACUAGAGAUUUAUACUCUGGAAUAUCCAGAAUAUUUGCUUGUUCUAUUCCAUAAGGACUAAUGUUUGGCCAAGUAAGCAGAUUUUGCUCAGAAGUGCUAGCACUUUAAAAGAGACUGUCUCUAUUUUAAAUUUGAACGUUCCAGGUAUAUUACCAGAACUAAUUUCACUCCUCUGUCACGGUGUAAAAUGAUUACAUUCUCAUGUAUUGUCCAUGAAGUACUGGAAUUCUAUCGUAAAUCCAUCUGAUUUAGCGAGCAGGAGAGAUGGAGACCUAGGACAUGUUUCCCACCCAUAACUGCUUACUGCUGGUACAAUCCCAUCGUGAGACUUUUACACGAAAACAACUGUUCACAUCAAUAAGAACAAUAAAUAUUGCGUGACGUGAUGUAAAUUAAAAAAAAGUCGUCUUAUUCUUUUGAAUUAUUUUAUUGAUUUGUUGCCGCUGAUCUGCUUAGUGAUGCAAUUACUGUAUAAUCUGAAUUUCAUUCUCUUCCCCACGAUUCACUAUGAUGCCAUUCUAUUCAUUGUAACUGGAUUUACAUUGCGAUUGGUGAUAUUGAUUUUGGUAUCUUUGACACAAAAUAAAUACUGAUUUACCUCCAUUUGUCUUUCUUUUCUUGAUGAAACUUUGGCUGAUCAGUCUCUUACUAUGUUCUAAAUCUGUGAAGCUUUAUUUCAGACUGAACGGGUGUAUGAUCUAGAAUGCCCUCGUGGACUGGUUCAUGAAACGUAAUUCAUGUUUAAA